AUGCCAGGGGACCCGCGGCGGCCGCUGGCGCACUUCAGCGCGCCCAACGUGUCGCACUACGACGCGCUGCUGCUGCGCGCCGACGAGGAGCGGCUCUACGUGGGCGCCCGCGACCGGCUGCUGGCGCUGGCCGUCGGCGGCCCCGGCACCAUCGUGGGCCAGGCCUCGAUAACGUGGGGCCCCACGGCCGAGAAGGCCUCCGAAUGCGCCUUCAAGAAGAAGAGCGAGGAGACCGAGUGCUUCAACUUCCUGCGGGUGCUGGUGGCCCUCAACCAGAGCCACCUGUACGCGUGCGGCACCUAYGCCUUCAGCCCCGCGUGCGCCUACGUGCACCUGGAGAACUUCACGCUGGUGGCCAGCGGCCGGGGACAGCCCUACCUGGACGGCAAGGGCCAGUGUCCCUUCGACCCGCAGCACACGCACACGGCGCUGCUGGCCGACGGGGAGCUCUACGCCGGCACCAUGAACAACUUCCAAGGCAACGAGCCCAUCAUCUCGCGCUCGCUGGGCGGCCGCACGCCGCUCAAGACGGACGCCUUCCUGCGCUGGCUCGCAGCCGACACCGCCUUCGUGGCCUCCUUCUCCAUGCCGGGCGACGACAAGGUCUACUUCUUCUUUGAGGAGACGGCGGCCGAGUUCGACUUCUUCGAGCGGCUGCUGGUGGCGCGGGUGGCCCGCGUGUGCAAGGGGGACGUGGGCGGCGACAAGGUGCUGCAGAAGAAGUGGACCACGUUCCUGAAGGCGCAGCUGGUGUGCGCCCAGCAGGGCCGCUUCCCCUUCAACGUGAUCCAGCACGCGAGCGCCGCGCCGCGCCGCCCCGGCCGCGCCGACUUCUACGCCGUCUUCAGCUCCCAGUGGCAAACGGGCACGGAGGGCAGCGCGGCCGUGUGCGCCUACAGCCAGGAGGCCGUGGACGAGGUCUUCGAGGGCAAGUACAAGGAGCUGAACAAGGAGAGCUCCCGCUGGAGCGUCUACGGGGGCCCCGACAUGAGCCCCCGGCCCGGCAGCUGCUCCGUGGGCCCCUCGUCGGACAAGGCGCUCACCUUCCUCAAGGAGCAUUUCCUCAUGGACGGCAAGGUGCAGCCGCGCGGCGGGCAGCCGCUGCUCGUGCGCAUGGGCGUCACCUACACGCGCGUGGCCGUGGACGAGCCCCGCGGCGUCUCGGGGGGCACCUACCGCGUCCUCUUCCUGGGCACCGCCAACGGCUUCCUGGACAAGGUGGUGGAGCUGCCCAAGAAGCCCCACAUCGUCGAGAGCAUCCAGCUCUUCCGCACGCCCGAGCCCGUGAAGAGCCUGGUGCUGGCGCCCGGCAAGGGUGUCCUCUACGUGGGCUACUCCGGGGGGGUGCUGCAGGUGCCGCUGGCCAACUGCAGCGGCUACCAGAGCUGCGCCGAGUGCCUGCUCGCCCGGGACCCCUACUGCGCCUGGGACAGCCACAACCGCUCCUGCCGCGCCGCCCGCGACGCCGGCUCCCACGCGUGA